CGGCAUAUUCACGGUAUUUUACCUAUUUAUUUUACUUAGGUUCAGCAGUAGCUUUACCUCAAACUGAGUUCUUUCAGAGUCAGAGGCCAUGGCUGUGCCAACCACACGUUGACCAGCCAUCUACAAAAAGCCAUAUACAAGAACUUUUGGCCUCGAAUAUAACAAUAAAAAAUAUUUAAGGAUCAGGAAAAGGCCGUAUGGGAUAAUGCUAUUAGCCUUUUUCGUAGAAAGAAAAAAAAGUCAAAGAUCUGUCAAAUAAAUUGUCAAAAAUCAAAACAAAACAAAGCUCACUCAACGGCUGAGUUUUCUUUUUGUGAAUUUUGGGAUUUAUUUAGCUAUUUAAAAUCAUGGAAGAUCCAUUAGACUUGGGAAAGCUAACUAUUACGAAAAGUAAUGUUGAGAAUGUUACUCCUCACAAGGUGGCUGUGGUUGCAUUUAUUAGAGAGUUUGGAUUAUUGAAAAUCGGAGGAAGUGUGUUGUCUCCAAAAUAUAGAAAGGACUUCUGCAUACUAGCACUUAAGCUGAUUCAGUGCCCAGACAUGGAAUUCAAAGAAUUGGAGCACCUCCUCACUCAUGGAAAAUAUAACCUGAUGAGUACUCACCUCCAGAACUUCUGCAGUUGCUUGCAGACGGUGUACAGGAGCGGAGUGAGUGCGCUGAUGCACUGUGUCACCUCCACCAUAGAGAAACUCAUGAUCGAGCAGAGUGAGACAUGCCCUUGCAUGAUCACAAGAAGCAGUGUAUUAGGACUAUAUCUAAGGAGAAUAAUGCUCCAACUGGAUAAGCUCACAUUUAUCCAGCUGGUGUCUCUGUAUAAAUCAUUCUGCUUGUAUUACCAGGAAGGCAGACCUGGUCUCAUGAUCAGGUCCCUUAGUAAAGAGAAACUUGAUAAUAUGGAGGUUCAGUCAGGAAUGUCAUCUACUUCCCCUACAAUGCCCGACGAGUCUAAGCAACACGACCUGUCCAUCAAGAUGGCAGUCAUGCAUAGAGAUCAUGCAUUUGAAGAACGGCAAUGGUCAAGAAAGCAAGCAGAGCUAUUUACUGCGCAACAAGCGAAUCUGCUUCAAAUCAAUGAAAAGAAAGCCCUGCCCCCCAAACAACUUCAAAAGACAAUUAUGGAGAUAAUGAACGACUUACCAGAGUAUUCUGACAUUCAUUUCCUGAGCUUCCUGAACUGCCUGCGCAUGCGGGAGCUGUGCGGCGCGCAGGACUCGUUGUACAACUGCUUCGACCGCUCGCUGGGCAACGUGGCCGGCAACCUGUCCACCAGCGACCGGAAUAAACACUUCCGCUACGCCGCGCUCAAUAGGGCCGCUAUGCACACGCAGUUUGGACACAACGAGGUAGCAAUGGAAGGCGUCCGCGAGGCGCUGUCAAUGGCGGCGGAGGCGGGCGACGCGGCGUGCACGGCGGCGGCGGCGGCGUGGGCGGCGCGCGCGGGCGGGGCGUGGGGGCGGGCGCUGCUGCCGCGCCUGCCCCGCGCGCCCCGCGCCGCCGCCGCCGCCGCCCUCGCCGCGCAUCUGCUGGCUCAGCAUAGAGCUGUUAAUGGGGUUAAGCCGGCUGAGGUGUUUGCGAUGGUAACGAAGGGUGACUCCAUAAACUACCUGCACUCGAUGACGGACCUGACGCUCGCCAGCCUGUCCAACACGGCCGCGCUCUGGUCGCUCUACGGGAAGACAGAAAUGGCCUCCAUUUACUGCCAACUACUGCUGAAUCUCAACACAAAGAGCGGCGUGUCGGGCGGCGCGGAGGCGGGCGCGUGGCACUGGACGGCGGCGUGCGCGGCGGCGGCGGCGGGGCUGGCGGCGGCGGCGGCGUGGCGCGGGGACGACUCGCUAGCGACUGCACUCGCGAGUCGGCACCAGGACCCGCAGAUCAAGGCGGCUGCUCACGCUGCGGCCGCCACCAGGGCGCUUUAUGCAUGUAAAUGGGAAGAAGCGGAACAGAGCAUCAACCAGCUAGCGUCCUACGAGCGUUGGGAGAGCCAGCUGCUGAAGGCCGAGAUGUAUUUCCUGAAGGGAGACGCCACAGAGUCCUUAGAAGCAUUACACGACAUCCUCGACUACUGCAAAACAGAAGACGACAGUCUGCACUUUGUGUCGCUGAAGCUAAGGGCCAUGAUACUGCAGUCGCAGGUGGAAGAGACAUUCGAUGGAGCGCAUUCCAUGAACAACUCCAACAUCAUUGUGCUGAAUGAGGUACUAUCAACAGCCACGAAGUACAACCUGCACUACAUCGCGGCGACGGCGGAGAUGCACAUCGCGAACGUGCAGCUGCACAUGGGCUGCGUCCGGAGCGCGCUCGACCUCGUGCGGAGAGUGCUGCCUACGAUUAUGGCACAUGGCGGCGCUUAUGAUAUGGCGCGAGGUCUGCUCUUAUACACGAAGUGCCGCGUGUCGACGGCGCCGGGCGGCGGCGAGGCGCGCGCGCAGGCGCUGCUGGCGUGCGCCGGCGCGCUGGAGGCGGUCAAGCGGAACUUCCUCAAGGUCAGCGCGCAGGGCCGCCUGCUCGAGACGCUGUACUUUCAGGCUCAGCUCUACAAUGAAAUUGGGAACGUUAGUGCCAGGAAUCAAUGCGCAUGGAUGUACAGACAACUAGAAACUCAAAAUCCAAUAGAACAUUCAAAUUCUAUGCUCAUGCUGUAUUAAAAUAGGCUUGUAAAUAAAUAUUUAAAUUAAACAAUUAUAAAUUUGUA